AUGGCAGAUAGGCGUAAAGCGCAAAAUUUUGGUGCCCUGCCCCAUUAUCUGACCAAUGAGAUUUGGGAUGCGUUGAGUGCAGGCAGCAAAGAGCAGAACUGCAACCUUCUCCUGGAGCACUGUUGGAGUCUUGGAUUGAGAUGCCCCAGCGAGGGCACUUUCUCCACCGUAUACAACAUACUAGAGGCCACAGGCCGAGACACCGGCAGAAGCCGCGGUGCUUUCGAACGCUAUGAGGCUCUGUCUCAGCUCAAGAAAGCCUGGAAAAAGUACAAAGCGGUCCGAAAGGCUGAUGAUCACCAAUACGGAGAGUACCUCUUGGCGCUGCCGCAAGACCCAAGGGACCUUCCAGCCGAAUGGUAUCUUCAAUCCUUUGCUCAUGACCUGCCAGUGCCAAGUUUGGAUAUGAACAACUUUUUGAUGUCUGUUGGCUGCACGCGUCUUCGUUGGCGUGAUCCUGUACCGGAGAAAGCCGAGGCAGCUUCCAGCAAGCAGCCGGAGAAAGCCACUGAGGUACAGUUGAUGGAGAUGGCAUUUCGUAUGGGCGAAAGGGCGGGAUCACAGUCGACCGCUUCUGCUUCGUUGGCACCUUUGCCAGCGCCACAUCCAAGACCUAAAUUUCCGUUGCUUGCACUGGAAGACGCUCCAAGGCAGCCAGGAGACCAGGAUGCUGGAAACAUCACGGCCCCUGCUGCCACAGCUGUGGAAGCGGAGGUGGCUGAUACCCAUGCGGAUGACCUGAUGGAAGCUCUUGAGAUGGAACAUGAGGAUUUCCCCGAAGGAGAUUUGCCGGAGACUGCUGAGCAGGAGGAUGAAGAGGACGCCUUGCACAAGAAGACGCCUGAAGAAGUCUCAUUGCAGAAUGGGAUGAGCAAGCUCCAGGAUGCCAUGCAGAAACGUAAACUGGCCAAGGCCGCCAUGAAAAGACCAGCUGCUGCAGCAGCGCUGCAGGCAAAGCCGAAGCUGAAAGCAAUGAAGGUGGUGAAAAAGCCAAAGGUGAUGAAGUCCCACGUCAAGCGAGCACCUCCGGUGAAGGCGAAACCAAGUCCCAAGGAAAAAAAGAUGCCCAAGGCGAAAGCCUGUCCCAAAGCCAAGGUGGCACCCAAGGGGAAGGCAGCGCCCCGCAAGCUUAAAAUGUUGCAGCAUGUGAAGAUCCUGACACAGGAGCAGAAGAUCAGCAAAGCUCGUCAGGAGAUGCGCCAUCGUUGCAUGGACAAUGUGAUGUACAUGGGCAACGGUUAUGUCAGCCACUUGUACAGCUACAUUCAACACGAGAAUGUCGACAUGAUGUACUUGGCCACUGAUGGUCACGCUAUGAUGGUGAAACCUACUGCCAACUAUGGUGGCCGUGGUGGGCUGAAGAUUUUUGAGUUCCAGUGGCAGAGGAGCGAGCCAAAGAAUGUGAGUGUGGUGCAGCCGCUGACGGGUGAAGUCAUUACUUCUGUGCCAGGACGAUGGGGUCCUCGAUCUACGUUUUGGGAGGCUAUGUCAUGCCUUCAGCGGUGA